UACGUGGAGAACAUGGCGGCGGAGAUGUGGCUGUAGCGAGGAGUCUGCUCCUAAUGCGACUUCGUCGCAGUGAUUUGACACCAUUACCAAACAAAUUUAAUGUCAACAGACAGACACUUUCCCCACAGACUCUGGGCGUAUUCGCUGACACUUCGCAUGAAGCCCCUUUCCUCUUCUCUCAGCCACAGGGACAACGGUAAUGGAAGACGAGGAGAGGCAAAAGAAGCUCGAGGCCGGCAAAGCAAAGUUGGCUGAGUACCGGCAGAGGAAAGCUCAUGCCGACAGACAGAAGAAGAAGAAAAAGAGGAGAGAAACAGACGACAACCCGGGUGGAGAUGGACCGGGGAGAGGGGAGGCCGAGCAGGAGUUAGAUCAGCCAGUGGGGGAGGGGAAUGGGGGGGGGGUAGGAGGAGGAAGAGGGGAACUGGACCCCCCUACCACAGAGUUUACCUUCGCCAGGACCCUGCACAGUGGUGAGACGGUCAAACACGACCAGACGUACACCAUAGAGCCAGAUAGUGAAGUGUCCACCACAGCCGAAGACUACUCCUCCGAGGUGAAUGGCUGCCUUGAGAUGACCGAGAACCCAAUGGAGACUUACAAGGAGUUUUUCUGGGAGGAAGUGGGCUCUGUUCAGCAGGAGGCAAGGGGUGGAAGUGUACAGGUCAUGGAGGAAGAGCUGGCUGCCAAGACUCUCGCGGUAGAGGAGCUGAGCCGAGAGCUGGAGGAAUUUAGAGUGGCUUUCGGCUCAGAGGGGGUACAACAGCUGCAGGACUUCAAGGAUGCCUUAAAGCAGCGAGACGGCAUCAUCACCCAACUCACAGCCAAUCUGCAGCAGUCUCGCAAAGAGAAGGACGAGGUCAUGAGGGAGUUCUUGGAGAUGACUGAGCAGAGCCAGAAACUGCACAUUCAGUUCCAGCAGCUGCAGUCAGGCGAGACACUGAGGAACACCAGCCACAGCAGCACAGCGCAGGACCUCCUGCAGGCCAAGCAGCAGCUCGUCCAAUACCAGCAGCAGCUGGAGGAGAUGGAUGGCCAGGUCAGAGCGCAUCAAAUGAUGAGCAAGGAGCAUCUGCUGCAUGUCAGCCAGCUCCAGCACCGGCUCAACGAGUCUGAGAUGGUGGGAAGAAGAACAGAAGAAUCAUUUGCACAAAGGUUAAAUGAGAAAGACCUGCUGAUUUCGGAACAAACUGCAAUAAUAACAGAACAUGAGCGUACACUGACCAUGCUCAAGGUGGAGCUUACACAGGUGGGAAGGAUGACUGAGGAGACUUUUGCACAGAAGAUGAACGAGAAAGAACUGCUGAUUGCCGAGCAGGAGAGAGUCAUGUCAGAACAUGACUCCUCCCUCCACCAGCUAAAGGGUGAGUUGACGGCCUCUGAGAAAUGCUUGAACGGCCUCAACCAGCAAAUGUCCUCAAAGGCUCAAGAGCUGGAGAGCUGUAAGAGUGACUUGGAUAACUGUAAGAGGGACUUAGAGAGCACUAAGAGUGAGUUGGUUAGCUGUAGGGUUGAGCUGGAGGGCAGUAAGGGUGAGUUGAAUAGCUGUAGGGUUGAGCUGGAGAGCAGUAAGGGUGAGUUGGAUAGCUGUAGGUUUGAGCUGGAGUCAAGCAGGUGCGAACUCUCAGCCUCUAGGCAGAAGGAGCGGAUGUCCUCCAGUGAAAUCCAGCAGCUAAUGGGCACUGUGGAAGAUCUCCAGAAGCGAUGCCAUCAGGGGAGCCUGUCAGAGAGCGACACCUUCCAGAGAAUGGAAGAGGACUCAGCCCGCAGGCUGGAGCAUCUUCGGGCAGAGCUAGAUGAGAUGUACGGUGAGCAGAUCGUCCAGAUGAAGCUGGAACUUCGUUUGCAGCACUCUGCGGCCCUGGAGCGGGUCACGGAGCAGCAUUGCGAAGAUCUAGCACUUCUAAGAGCUCAGCAAUCCGCGCCCAGUCCCAGUCCCGAGUUGGUGAUCGAGCUUAAGGGCAAGAUCGCAGAGCUUCAGCAGAGGCUCCAAGAGGCCCAGGCUCUCCAUGAGAAGGCCAGACAGGAGCUGACCCAGGUGGCGCAGGAGAAGCUCAACCUCCAGGGUCAGGUGACUGACCUGCUCCAGGACCUCCGCUCAGCUCAUGCCAAAAUGGAGCAGGCCUCCCAGAACUUUGCUGUCCAUGAGCGUUGUCGGGGUGAGCUGCAGCGCUUCCAGGAAACCAUCGAUGACCUGAAGGCCCAGCUAGCCGCCGCUGCAGAGUCUGCAGAAGAGAUUGAGGCCAAGCACGAGUCGGAGACAACCAACUACAAGAUCAAACUGGAGAUGAUGGAGCGUGAGAAGGACGCGGUGCUGGACCGCAUGGCAGAGUCACAGGAGUCGGAACUGGAGAGGCUGAGGACACAGCUCCUCUUCAGCCACGAGGAGGAGCUCAUUAUCCUUCGGGAGGACCUCCAGAGGGAAAGCCAUCUCAACGCUGAGAACCUCCUCAAUGAGGCAUCCAUUCGGCACAGCCGAGCCCUGGAGGAACUGCGGAACGGUUACGAGGUCAAGCGGGACGAGCUGUUACACCAAAUUGUUGCACUGAAAGACGACCUAAAGAUGGCACUGCACAGCUCAAAAGCCGAAGAGCUGGUGGCGCAACUCAAGGAACUUCAGUUGGAGGUUGAGGAACUGAGAAAGUGUGGAGAAGAAAGUGUCAGAAUGGAAAGGGAAAUCCAAAUGCUGUUGAAAAAGAAUGAGCUGCUAGAAAAUGAGUCCAAGGAGAGAGAAAAGAGCUGGGACAACAAAUGGAGGGGGCAGGAGUCAGAAAAUAGGGUUUUGAUAGAAUCCAACAACGCCAUGAAAGAGGAAGUGGAGUCCAAGACGAAAAAAUUUAAAUCCCUCACCACAGAAAAUGAACAAAAGCAGCGACAAGUUGUAGAGUUGCAAGAGGAGAUUGAAAAGCAAAGGAACACAUUCUCUUUUGCCGAAAAGAACUUUGAGGUGAACUAUCAGGAGCUCAAGGAGGAGUACACGUGCCUUGUUGAGGUAAAGGCGCAGUUGGAAGAGAGGAUUCUCAAGGAGACACUUGUGUUUGAGUCUCAACUUGCCAGCCUUCAGUCGCAGAUUCAGGAGCUGAGGGAGAGCAAGGAAAAUAGCCAAAUGGAGGACAACGGCGAUGCUUCGAUAGAGAAAGACACUACUGAGCUGAUGGAGAAGCUGAAGGUAUCUCUGACAGAAAGGGAGGAACUGGCUGUGAGGCUGUCUGAAGUUACCGAGCAGCUGACUGUUACAGAAGGCGAAUUGGAUGAGCUGGAAGGAGAGCUCAGUCAGGUCAAGAGAGAAAACAAAGAGGUCAUUGCCCAAAACGAAAACCUUGAGGAAGAGCUCGAAAGAGAGCGGGAGACUCUGAAGGAGAGAAAGGGAGAGAUGGAACUGCAGAGAGAGGAGGGAGGGAGAGCUGCUCAGAGCCAAGCACAUCUCCAACAGAGAGAGCAGCCUGUUCAGUCUGCAGCCCUAGCUUGCUCCAUCAAGGAUCAUCAUCUCCAGAUCGAAUCUCUCCAAGGGGAGGUAGAGGUGCUCCGCUCCUCCUUACAGGCCGCCGAAAUAGAGCGAGAUCGUCUCCGACACACCCCGGAGGCUCGGCACCAGAGCCAAACACUCGCUCCGUCUGCAGCCCCAUCUCAGGUCUCGACUGUGGGGGAGGGACCUGUUGAGCAUAGCUCCGCUGUAGAGCCUUCAGCCUCUGGGUCAGACAGGCGCAAGACACAGCAGCGGCGAGGCAAGAAGAAACGCCAGAGCUCUGCCCAGUCAAAAGAGAAGAGAGAGAAGGAGGGGGUGGUGGAGAGAAACAAAGCUGGAGGUUCUACUGCUGCAGCAGAGCGGGAGUCGCGGGCUCAGAUGGAGAGCCAGGUUCCGUCGAGCUCACAGCAGAGGACCGGGGAGGAGGACUCCAGCGUCGGGUACCACGGAGAGCGAGACGACAUUGGGAAGCAGGGGAAGAGAGUAGAUGGGAUGGAGUGUCGGGCCGACCAUGUAGCGAAGCGAGAGGAGGACGACAGGGACAACGAGACGAUAGAGCAUGUGGAGUGCAGGCUGCAGCUGGAGGCCCAGCGGAUCAGCCUGUCUCAGAUACACGCUGCGCAGCUGGAGCUGCUCCGGGAGCAGACAGAUGCCCGUGCCUGCGUACUUGAGCUGGGCCGCCUCAAAGAACCAAAGGACUUCACAGAUGAUCCCAAAAGCUCCAAGUGCCAGAAUGUGGUGCAAAUUGUGUCUGAAGAAUGCAAGCAGCUCAUCCUGUCCUUUGCUAAACUUUUCGGAGAGGAAUUCUUGGAGUAUCUCCACCCCACUGAUGUCGAGGACUGGACGAUUCAUUCGUUUGAAAAGGAAGAAACCAGGGAUCCCAGUGCUGUUUUACAGGAUGCAAAGGAAAUGUGUAGAGACCUUCAGCAGGUGAAGGAGAGGAUUGAGCAGGAGCAUGGUCGUCUACUACAGCUCCAGUCCUUACUGAAGGCAGAUGGCAAUACGAUUGAGGUGAUACAGCUGGGGUACAAUGAUCUGAAGCGCAGCAGUCAGGAGGAGAUCGCCAGCCUGCGCAAGAUUAUCGACAGCUCUAUUACUUCCACACACGGCCUCGAUGAUCAGAGGGAGCUGACCACUGCCUCGCCCUCCUCCCACACUGCUGAGGACGUCCAGAAGUUGAGGGCCGACGUCCAGCAGCAGCGGGCCCAGCUGGAGGAAUGCCACAGACUGGAGGUGGAGCACCUUAGGGCCUACUACCAGCAGCAGGCCAAAGAGACAGAGGAGCGCUACUCUACCGAACUCCUAGUGCUACAGCAGCACCUUGAUGAGGUCACAGGCACUGAGGCCCAGUUCAGGUAA